UAAUAUUAAUUUUAAUGGCCAACAGCUGGAGUAAAGUUCUUUCUCAAACAAACAGCAAUUUAACACCAAAAAAUAUUUUGCUUGUUGCUUCUAUAUUUGCAUCAACUGCAGCUGUUGUGUGUGGAUUUAGAUGGAGCAAAAAAACACCAAAGUGGAAAAAUGUUUACUCAAAACUGCAAUUAUCUGAUGAGAAUUUGAAAGCUAAUAAAGGUGCUGUAGACACAAAUUUUGUGUGGCAGAUGAUAAAGAUUAUGAAGAUAAUUAUUCCAGGACCAUUUUCUAAAGAGGCUGCUCGUCUAGUCUUUAUUGCGUUUUCAUUAUUAUCAAGAACAUUUUGUGAUGUUUGGAUGAUCUCUAUGACAACCUCAAUAGAAAGGUCAAUAAUUUCCAAAGAUUUGAUAUCUUUCAAAGACAAUUCAAUUAAUUAUAUCACUGCAAUGCCUCUUAUUGCUUUUGUAACUCAGAUGAUGAAGUUUUCUAUUGAUGAAUUAAAGAUAAGUUUGCGAUCAAGAAUAACUUUUACUUUACAAGAUCGUUAUUUAGAUGGAAUGAAUUUCUACAAAAUGAAUAACUUGGAUGGAAGAGUUAUCAAUCCUGAUCAGCUUUUAACAGAAGAUCUUGAUAAGUUUUGUGAAUCUUUUGUUGGUCUUUAUUUGAAGAUCACUAAACCGUUAUUGGAUUUGAUUAUGUAUGUGAAGGCUCUUAUUAACACCUCAAGUUAUAAGAAUCCUCUUGCUAUAAUGGGAUAUUUAGUUAUAUCUGGAUAUUUAAUAUUAUCUGGUUUUUUACUGACAAAACUUAGAAAACCAGUCAGGCAGCUAACUUCUGAUGGACAAAAACUUGAGGGAGAAUUUCGACACGCUAAUUCAAGAAUUAUUACUCAUUGUGAAGAAAUUGCAUUUUAUCAAGGUCAAGAUCGAGAGAAGUUUACUCUUCGUGAAUCUUUCAACAGUCUAGUUGCCAACAAACAUUAUAUGUUAACAUUUAGAUUUUUAACUCGGAUGGCAGACAAUAUAAUUACUAAACAUCUUGCAAAAAUCGUAACUAUUUGUGCUAUGGCAAUAAGUUUUUUUGCAAAUAACGAACAACAUAAAAAAAUGCAGAGUAUAGAAAUAAUGGAGGAAUACUAUACAACAGGAAAGAUACUGUUAAAAAUGGCUGAUGCCCUCAGGAGACUUUCUUUGGUGGAUCGAGAACUUUCUAGAUUGUCAGGGUUUGCUAUGAAUGUUGCAUCAUUUAUAGAUGUUCUUAACGACAUGAAAAAUAACUGUUUUGUUCGUAGCUUAGUUAAUGCAGAACAAUCAAAGGGAACAGUUGACAUGAGCUGUAAAGCGACAUUUAUUGAAAAAGAUUAUAUUAUUUGUUUUGACAGAGUCCCUUUAGUAACGCCAAAUGGUGAUGUGCUUAUAAAGGAACUAUCUUUUGAGGUUUUGUCAGGACGGAAUGUUUUAGUAUGCGGUCCCAAUGGGUGUGGCAAGUCAACACUGUUUAGAAUACUUGGAGGGUUAUGGCCAGCUUAUGGAGGAUCUAUCACUAAGCCUGAUGCAAAAAAGUUGUUUUAUGUACCUCAACGACCAUACAUGACAGUUGGAACACUUAGAGACCAAAUCAUUUAUCCUGAUUCUGUAGCUCAAAUGGAAAAAAAAAGAAUAUCUGAUAAUGAUCUUGUCUCCAUGCUGAACUUGGAAGUGGUGGAAAAUCAAGAUCGACUCAAUUCCUCAAAAUAUGGCUUUGUCACAACAAGAUUUAGCUACAAAGUUUCAAUGCAAUAAAACUUUCGUUCAAAGAGUAUUCAAAAAAGAAAAUCUGAACAAACAUUUCAAGAAAAAAUACCAAAAAAGUUGCUUGAUUAAAGCUAAAAAGCUAAAAAUUUGCUUAAAUUAAUUAUGAAAAAAAAUUUAUGCUAUUGAAGACGAUGAAACUUACUGUAAAAAAGAUCACUCGAUGCUUCCAGGUAAUCAUUACUAUUAUCAGUCGAAAAGUUAUAAAGCUUCUGACAAAUUUAAGUAAAUUUGAGUAAGAAAAUCACUUUCGAGUUCCCUUGUAUGGCAGGCAAUUUGCAGUUGAGGUUUUAAAAGCUCUCCUUUCAUAACAAAUCAAUCUUUGACACCAGAUCUAUAUGUAAGGUAAUGCUUAAAAAAACAACUUCUUCCUCUAAUAAAAAAGCAAAUAUAAACGACUUCUUCCUCUAAUUAAAAGUACAAACAAUCAACCUUAUUUUGGCCAUUUUCUGAAAAAAAGAGACAAUUUUGUUCCGAAGGAUGCUCAUCCACCGAGCUGUCCUGAGGAGUGAGUUAUUGAAUUAUACUGGGCUUUUGUGAAGGGAAUAUUGAAAAAUAGAGGCAAAUGUGAAAAUAGUGUACAGAAUUUUCGAGGUUUAUAGAUUAAUGCUACAAAAAAAGUGGCUCAAAGUAAAAUUGUGGAGAUGAUGGAGGGCACUUUACAAAAAAUUGAAUUACUUGCAUGUCGUAAAGUUAAGGCUAUAUUUAUUUUUGUUGAAAUAAAAAUUAAUUAUGUAAGAAUUAUUAUAAAAAGAAAAUUUUUACAAUUGGUUAAGUUGUCUUUGAAAAAACUCAAUUUAAAAUUGUUUUUAAAAUUUCAACUGAUCAUAGUGAUAUAUGUGCUUUCUACACAUGUUUUAUUGUAU